GUGCACUAUAAAUAGAAAUUAAUAAAAAGAGGCUGCUAAUUGGAUUCCUCUUAUGUCCUCAUUCCCAUCAAGGGACAAUUAAUUAAUAAAACGCAUUGUCGUCUACCAAAUAAAUAAAAUGCAUCGUCGUCCACGUGCUCCACGCAUUCAUCCCUGCACACUUUUUAAAGAACCCACGCAUCGGAUCUCACUCAUUCACGUCCCUGGAAGGCUAGAAAAAGAAAAAUGAAGGAAUUAGGAUGGAAACUGGCGCUUCUUUCAACGGCUAUGAUGCUGUACACGUGCCAAUCAAGCAGCAGUAAUCUCCAUCCUGUGAUCUUAAUACCUGGGAUAGUAGGGAAUCAGCUAGAAGCUCGGCUCACCAGCGACUACGUGCCGUCGAGUCAGUCAUGCAAAGAACCGCCUCAGAAGCUCGACGACGGUUGGUUCAGGAUUUGGUUCGACCCCAGCAUCCUAUUGGGUCCAUUUACCAAGUGCUUUUCAGACCGUAUGAUGCUUUACUAUGAUAAGGAUAUAGAUGAUUAUCACAAUGCUCCUGGGGUUCAAAUCGGGGUCCACCGUUUUGGUUCCACUGAAUCCCUUCUCUUCCUCAAUCCUGCUUUGAAGGAUAAAACAGCAUAUAUGGCAAGGUUAGUGGAGUCAUUGACAGAAAUAGGAUAUGAAGACGGCAAGACCCUCUUUGGAGCUCCAUACGACUUCCGCUAUGGUUUGCCUGCACAAGGUCAUCCAACCCAUGUUGGUUCUAAGUUUCUCAAAGACUUCAAAAAUUUAAUAGAAAAAGCAAGCAUCUCUAAUGGGGGAAAGCCCGUAAUCCUUGUCUCACACAGCUUAGGAGGCCUUUUUGCACUCCAUCUUCUCAAUCAAAACCAUCUUUCUUGGCGCCAAAAGUUCAUCAAGCAUUUUGUUGCACUCUCUGCACCAUGGGGUGGAUCUGUGAUGGAAAUGCUCACUUUUGCUUCAGGAUAUACUUUAGGAAUUCCCCUUAUAAAACCAUUGCAGAUCAGAGAAGCUGAAAGAAGCUGGGAAAGCAACUUUUGGUUGCUUCCAAAUCCCAACAAUUUUGGUGGUGAAAAACCACUAGUUGUGACUCCAAAUGCCACGUAUUCGGCGCAUGAGAUUUCUCAAUUUUUCAUUGACAUUGGAUAUCCACAGGGAGUAUAUCCUUAUGCAACACGCACUAUGCCUUUGAUUUUGGAGAAAUUAGAUGCACCCGGUGUGCCUGUUACUUGUAUAAUUGGAAGCGGUGUAAAGACUCCAGAGACUCUGUUUUAUGGGGAAACUGGGUAUGAUAAGCAACCGAAGAUUGUUUAUGGUGAUGGAGAUGGAACAGUGAAUAUGGUGAGCUUGUUAGCACUUGAAUCGAUGUGGGCUAGUGAGAAAAAUCAAAUUCUUCAGGUCCUUAAAGUAGAUGGAGUUGAUCAUUUAUCCAUACUCAAAGAUAAUGUUGCUCUUUCUAAAAUUGUUGAUGUAAUCUCUGGUAUCAAUUCUGAGUUGAUCAGCUAUGUAGAGAAUAUUGGUGUAAUGGGGCAGUGAAAAUGCAUCACAUAUCAAUUUAUUAGUGAUAAAUAAGCCCAUUAAUUUGGAGAUUAAUUGACUGACUUUUGAUUGCUAGUUUAUCUUAAGAUUCUGAAUAUAUAAAUAUAUUGUUAAUAUAUGUGUUUUGAUUUUAGAUAUAAUGUAUAACAUUUAUGUUACAUCUUCCCAUGCAAAAAUAAAUAUUUUAAACAUGUGAUAAUAAUUGUAUAUGUAAUAAUUUACUGAUGCUGUCCUGUACUUAUUAUAAUUACUUGUUGCAUAGCUGCCAUAAUAAAUUAAUGUUCUUUUCUUCCUA